CACUACGGAUUUAAUUUCCGUUACUUCUGACUCUCGGGAUGGUUUUAGCUAGCCGAUGAAUUAAGCUAAUAAUGUAUGUUUGUGUCUCACAAUGUCAAUACACUCACGUUUAUAUCGGUUACAUGUAUAACUUUGAAGGAAUCUGCUGAUAUUGUUGUCUGCCACAAUGGAACGUGAUAUUUUAGAUGUUCUGGAACAAAUCGGGUAUGACGGACCUCUGCAGGAUGAGGAGACGCUUGUCAAAGCAUGUGAAGGUGGACUGUCAUCACCUGAGUAUAUCAACCUUUGCAUGUGGUUUAAAUCCCGUCUGACACCGUUAUGUGACCUGGAAGAGAGCAGUACAUCAGGUUAUGGUGAUACUGAUGGCCUUCGGUUUGAGAUGAGUGGUAUGCUGAAGGAGUUGGAGUGCCCCUAUCAAGGCCUUGUCUCCGGGAUUCUACAGGGAGGGCUGCAGAAUAAAAAAGACCAUCUAAAGCUAGUAUUGUUUUUAAGCUCAGAGGUACAAGCUGCACAGAUUGUGAAGAGCCGACUUGUUGAGGACAAACAACACAAAGACCGAAACGAUCUCCAGGCAAUCUGUGAAACACUGAAGCUCCCACAGCCAAGAGGGCAGGAAGUAGUAGAGCUGUUCUGCGGGAUAGAAAAAAAGAUAAACGCAGUGCUUCAAGAGAUUCCAAAGGAUCACAUUGGAAAGCCAGUGCUGAAGAACAAUCUCGACAGUGAACAGUGGGAAAGGCUGGAGCAGAUCAACACGGUCCUGUCCUCACAGUAUGAGUGUCGGCGGAGGCUGCUGAUCAAACGUCUGGACGUCACUGUGCAGUCUUUCGGCUGGUCAGACAGAGCCAAGGAGAGAGUUGACUGUAUGGCCAGGGCCUACCAGCCUAAGAGACACUCCCUGGCCCAGAUGUCAUCUGUGGGCAUGGCUCACCUGCUGGCAGCCAGGGAGGACAUAUGCAACGUGGUGAAGACCAGCAGUGGCUCAAGCAGAAAGAAUACUGCCUGUGCCGUCAAUAAGAUCCUGAUGGGAAGGGUGCCAGAUCGCGGUGGUCGGCCCUCUGAGAUAGAUGCCCCCCUCCCUGAGAUGCCAGCCUGGCAGAAGAGACAAGACGGAGGUUUUGGCGGUCGUGGUGGUGGUGGUGGUCGAGGAGGUGGUGGUAGUUGGGGAGGUGGUGGUAGUUGGGGAGGUGGUGGUAGUUGGGGAGGUGGUGGUAGUUGGGGAGGUGGUGGUAGUUUGGGAGGUGGUAAGGGUGGCUGGCGAGGAGGGGGUGGAGUAGGAGGGGGCGUUGGUUGGGGUCACGGAGGAAAGAGAGGACGUUAUCAAUACUAACAAUGAUUUAUUUUUGACUGAAAAGCCAAACAGUGUUAACUGAAACCUACUCAUGUGUACCUGCUUCGCUAAGGGCAACACUAAGGCAUUGUUUAUUUGGAGUGAUGUGGACUUGACUGAGAUUUACAGAGUGCUACUGUAGGAACACUCCAAAAUAUUUGUCUUUUUUUUUGUGUUCAUUUUCAAUGCUGUUAUGAACUGUGCUGCUGAGGAUCGUUGUAGAAGCAACGAGUCAAACUCACUGACCAUUUCUUUAAUAGAUUUAUUCUAUUAUUCUGGUACCACUUUACUUGAUACCCAGUGUUAACACGUUAUGACAUGGUCAUAACCUGUUAUAAUACUGUCAUGAUGCAUAUAUUUACACCGGUUGUGACAUUGCGCUAUUUUAUUGCUGGUUAUGACACCUACAUAAGUGUCAACCCACAUUUAUUCAAAUGAGAUUUUCCCUGCCAAGAAAUGUCCUUUCAUUUGAAAGUUUCUCUUUAAAUCCUUUGUUUUUGUUUAGUCAUGUAUUUUUGUAAAUACUCUUUAUGACAGUCAUGAAGAUUUAGGACCAUCCUGUUUUUUAAAACUUGGACUAAGAAAAUACACUUUAUGACACUGUCAAGAAGCAUUAUGACCAUAUUAUCAUACAAGCCAGAUAGGCCAAUCACGUACAUGCCCUUAUAUCAGUCAAAAGGAGGGUGUCUUGUCCUGCUCCUGAAGUCAUCAGCAACCGAGCAUGGGGCUAGGUGCAUGUCUGACGUCAAUGUGUGCACAAUUACAAUGAUAAUUUAACAUGGUAAAUAUAAAAUAAUAUACAUCAUAAACAUACUGUUACAUACAGCACCAGUCAAAAGUCUGGACACGCCUACUCAUUCAAGGGUUUUUAUUCUUACUAUUUUCUACAUUGUACAAUAAUAGUGAAGACAUCACAACUAUGAAAUGACACAUGGAAUCAUGCAGUAAUCAAUUAAAGUGUAUAUAUUUUAGAUUCUUCAAAGAAGCCACCAUUUGCCUUGAUGACAGCUUUGCACACGGUUGGCAUUCUCUCAACCAGCUUCACCUGGAAUGCUUUUCCAACGAUCUUGAAGUAGUUUCCACAUAUGCUGAGCACAUGUUGGCUGCUUUUUCUUCACUCUGUGGUCCAUUCUAAAUAAAUCACAAGACAGUAUCACUAGCAAAGCACCAAAACACCUCCUCCUCCAUGCUUCAAGGUGGGAACAACACAUGCAGAGAUCAUCCGUUCACCUACUCUGCGUUUCACAAAGGCACAGUGGUUGUAACGAAAAUCUCAAAUUUGGACACAUGAAACCAAAGGACAGAUUUCCACCGGUCUAAUGUCCAUUGCUCGUGUUUCUUUGCACAAGUAAGUCCCUUAUAGGUGAGCUUUAGUAGUAGUUUCUUUGCAGCAAUUCGACCAUGAAGGCCUUAUUCACACUGUGUCCUCUGAACAGUUUAUGUUGAGAUGUCUGUUACUUGGACUGUGAAGCAUUUAUUUGGGCAGAAAUCGGAGGUGCAGUUUACUAAUGAAGCAGAGGUAACUCGGUCUUCCUUUCCUGUGGCGUUCCUCAUGAGAGCCUGUUUCAUCACAAUGCCCAUUUUUGAGACCGCACUUGAAGAAACUUCUUGUUCUGUAUUGACUGACAUGUCUUAAAGUAAUGAUGAACUGUUGUUUCUCUUUGCUUAUUUGAGCUGUUCUUGCCAUAAUAUGGACUUGGUCUUUUACCAAAUAGGGCUCUCUUCUGUAUACCACCCCUACCUUAUCACAACAUAACUGAUUGGCCCGAACUCAUUCAAAAGGAAAGAAAUUCCACAAAUGAACUUUUAACAAGGCACACCUGUUAAUUGAAAUGCAAUCCAGGUGACUACCUCUUGAAGCUGGUUGAGAGAAUACCAAGAGUGUCCAAAGCUAUCAUCAAGGCAAAGGGUGGCUAUUUUGAAGAAUCUCAAAUAUAACAUAUAUUUUGAUUUGUUUAACCCUUUUUGGGUUACUACAUGAUUCCAUAUGUGUUAUUUCAUAGUUUUGAUGUCUUCACUACUAUUCUACAAUGUAGAAAAUAGUAAAAAUAAAGAAACUCCCUGGAUUGAGUAGGUGUGUCCAAACUUUUGACUGGUACUGUACACGUGGACUAUAGUGUAAUGGAAUGUGCGCAAUUACAAUCAUAAUUGAAUCUGGUAAAUAAAAUAAAAAUAUAUACAUAAACAUACUGUUACAUAGGCUAUGGUGUAAUGCAAUGUUUUGCCUUGUGUGGUAGGUUGUGAGUUUUUACACAUGUCAUAACCAGCCAUAAAAUAACGCAAUAUAUGUCACGACAGUGUUAUGACCAACUAUAACAGGCUAUGAGAAGUUGUCACCUGUUGAGACAUAUUAUGACAUGGUUAUGAUCGUGUCAUAACAUGUUAUGAUGCUGGGUGUCAAUUAAAGUGUUACCCAUAUUUUCUAUACUGAUGGUAUGUUGGUAGAUUAAGCGAAUUAAAAUUGUUGGAAAUUUGAA